UACUAAAAACUAGGGAGAAAAGUCCGAAAAAACAACAAAAUUGCAACGAAAAUAAUGUUUUGGUCAAUAUUAUCAAUUUCUUUGUUAGUAUUAUUUUGUCAAACCGUCACAACGAGAAAAACUUCGGAUAUUUUGAAUCACUUAUCCACCCGCACUCCGUACAGAUUUAUAUAUAACAGAGAUGAUUCCAAGAUCAAAUAUCCUAAUUGUAAAGCAGCAAAGAUAUGGAUGGUCACUCGACAUGGUACCAGACUGCCGAGCCCAAAAGAUAUUCAUGGAUCGAGAACCACUCUAAAAAAUUUGAGGGAUGAAAUUGUGACAAGGCAUAGGUUGGGAAAAGGAGACCUAACAGAAGAGCAAAUACAAAGGUUUGAGGACUGGUCAAGUGACAUCUUACCAACAGACGCAAAGAUCCUUACAGCUGAAGGUAAAGAUGAAAUGAUGUUACUCGGUGAACGAAUUAAAAAGAGAUUCCCAAAUAUCAUUAAAAACAAGUUUGAUAAUAAAACAUUCCAUUUCAGAUACACAGCCACUCAAAGGGCUGAGGAGAGUGCUAAAAGUUUUGCGAUUGGACUGUUUAAAGAGCAUGGUGCUAAAGAGGUCAAAUAUGCCCCCAUCCCAAAACAUGAUCCUGUGUUGAGAUUUUACAAAUAUUGUGACAAAUGGUUAAAGCAAGUUAAGAAUGACACAAACACUUACAAGGAGGUUAAAAACUACAUCACUAGUGACGAAAUGAACACAACUCUGGACAGUGUUUCUAAAAGACUGGGACUUGAUUAUGUGUUGAGCUUUGAUGCUGUGAAUCUAAUGUACUCCAUAUGUGGAUUUGAAACUUCAUGGCACAAGAAUCUCAUAUCGCCGUGGUGCUUUGCUUUUGAUCGGGCCGAUAUACAGAAACUGGAGUACUACCACGACUUGAAGCACUACUGGGUGGACGGCUACGGGCGCGAGCUCACCUACCGACAGGCGUGUCUGUCUAUCAAGACCAUGUUUAAAAUAUUCAGUGACACCAAAUCCCCCAACGCAACGUUCCUAUUCGCCCACUCAGGAACGCUACUCAAGCUCCUGUCUCACAUGCAGCUGUACAAGCCUCGAGAACAUCUGAGAGGCGACCGAAUGGACGUAGGCCGGCCGUGGCGCAUGUCCAAAAUAGAUAGUUUUGGAGCCAACCUAGCGUUUGUGUUGUUCAGAUGCAAAGACGGAGACAAAGUAUUGACAUUACACCAAGAGAGACCAGUACAACUGCCGAUGUGUGACUCAGAGUUAUGUCCACUUCAACAAUUACUGGAACACUUCCACGAAUCCAUACACCACUGUGACUACAACGAUCUCUGCAGUCUACAUACGAAGACGGAGUUGUGAUUGAGACUGUGUUUAGUGGCUUUAAGGUAAGCAUCCAAAUAUCGGUAUCAUACUAAACAGACUGUUAUAA